CCAGGCCAUUUUUUACCUGGCCAGCAUACAUGUCGACCGUAAACUUGCUUCCACGUUGCACAGUGUCUCAUCACAUGCUGUUUUGAUAUCCUGGGCGGUCCUGAGAUACAAAGUUAUUCUGGAUUCGGACAUGUGAAGGGUGCCCAUUUUUGCAGGCGGACGCGACCACCCGCGUGAAGGCACGCGAACGCGACACUUCCUGAACAUGAAGGACGACACUCGUUCCGUGGCGACACUUUGGUGGAGAGAAUAAAACUUAAUAAUAUCGAUUAACAGUCUCAUAACCUUGCGAAUGCUAAGAAUCGAUUGAACUGCGCGCGGGUACAAAUCUGAUGGCGACUCUCCUUGAAUAUGACGGACUGUCUUGCACCUUUCUCCACACGCGACAUGCUUCCUUCCAAGAUCGGGUCGCAUGAGAUUAUCGACCUAACAUCAAGUCCGAGAUCAGAAGCAUCCACACUGCUCCCGCCGAAAUCAACAGACAUCAAGAGAGCAGAGUCCUCAGAAAUCACAUCCAAUGACUUGCUUGCUAGGUUCAAAUUUGCAAAAGGCGAUGGCGAAGAACGGCCUACGAAGAGAGCCCGGCACGAGGAGCGCGAUGGCACUGCCUCGAAACUCCCUCGUGUUUCUCACAGCUCUGCUCGAAUGAUCGGUUGCGUCGCUCACAAUCUAGCUCCGACCCCAAAAGAAGAGCUCCCGUCAGCAGAUUCGGCUCAGUGGAUACCGACGUGGAGCCCACCCUGGGAACCAUCCAAGCUCAGGCAAAGUCAGAGUGAAAAGGUAUCUCCGACCAUCAGACAGGACGUGCUGUCAAGCUCCUUUCCCUCGAGCCUGAAUUCGAUAUUGCAACCUAUCCCGCUUGGACUGCUCAACUCAGGUGCUCGUGUCCCGAUCUAUGACCCUGGCUGGUCGACCACAAAGCAUCACGUCGAUAGUGGUCUGGUCUUCGAUGCGGCUCAUCCAACAGAUGCCCGGCAUUCGGAACCUGCUAACAGGACCAUGCUUGUUAGCGAUUCUGAACUGCGGUCUAUCCCGCCAGAACCUUGCUCCGCCGCCUACAGCUCGGGGCCAUACUCUAAAUCAGAGCAGGAUCUUCUGCUAAAGCUCAAGGGCAUAGAAAAUCGGCCAUGGGACGAAAUUGCGACAUACUUUCCCAACAGAUCGAAGGCAUCGAUUCAGGUUCACUACUCUACGAAGGUGAAAAAGUUAUUAGGGUCAUCCGAAACCAGCUCCUUUCAGCCGCAAUCAAAGCGCGAACCAAUCUCCCGUCCUGAGAAGAGUAGAGGUCCUCGUGGUCGACCGCCCCUACGAGACACUGUCGUUGAUCGUCAGCUCACGCCAAAUUCCUUUGCGAAAGAACAUUCGAGCAGUCGCUGUAGUGUUGACCGCCCCGAAGUGGCCCACGUUCCCCAGGAUAGCGUGGUACAGCUUCAUAGUGAAACAAACACGCUCGUCGCGCAAGACCAUAUCUAUCCAAAUUCGUUGUCACGGUUGUUGCGAACAAGAGAACUCGGCUGCAGCAGUCGACGGGCUUGGUCGUCCUCGAGAACUGUUACUAACGAGCUCAAGAAUCAUGCGCAUCGAGAUUCUGAGUUCAUCCGGCACUAUCAAGGAAUGUCUGGAGAUGUUGUAGCGUUGACUUGGUCAGCGAGUGACACUCUGUUCGCUGCUGGAUCUAUAGCGAUCUCGGACGCUCAGAGUCAACAAUACAACAUGGGCCGAAAUUUGCUAGCAGGUAACUUGCGGAAUUGGACAGUACGUGAAAUGCCAGAACAUCACAUACCACGCCCAAAAGUUGAAGGCGACAACAUCAAUGCAUCACACUCAAUGAGAGCUACUCAAGACGAACGACUUUUCAUGACCGUGACAGGGACGGAAUUCACUGCUGACGGCACACAACUAUACACAUCAAGCACCGACAGAACAUUGAGGCGAUACAGUAUUGACGCAGAGUCUAACCUACCACACCACAGCUACGCAAUCAAGCACGAAGCCGCUGUCGACCUCUUGUCUGUUCACUAUGCAAGUGGAUCGCAUGCAGGAGUCGUUGCUACUGCCGCUCGAACAUCAAACGAGAGUAUCAACAUUUAUGAGUGCUACGAGACUCGAUGGAACCGGCGAUUUUCGUUCUCGCCAGCUCGCCACGGUUCGCACGUUCUUUUCCCAUCCGCACUCAGAUUUGGUCUUGCUCCGCAACAUCGUGAUUUUCUGCUUGUCGGCUUCGGCGCGGCUAGUGAAGCAGAUCAAUCAGGUCAGACCUGCCUCUGGAACAUCAACACUGGGGUCCGCUUGUCACUCAAUGUGGUCACACAUGACGUUUUCGAUGUUGCUUGGAAUCCUGCGCCCAGCUCGAGCUCGAUAGCUUUCGCAGUCGCUUGUAAUCCAAGUGGACUACAAGUCAACAAAUUCACACGCAGUGUCGUUCAGUGCUUUGCGCCUAAUCAACAAGAUUGCCGGAGAGUCCUAGUUUGGGAGAGUCCUGCACGAGAUAUCAAUCGUGUUGUAUUUUGUCCGCACGAUGACAAUCUCGUAGCUGCGGGCGCUACAGACGGCAAAGUGUACAUCUGGGAUAAGCGAUUCGCUGGCCGUCGGCAAGAGCCAUUGCACACACUUAGCCACGGUGAGUCACUGAAUGUGCUAGCUGCCGAUGACGAUCGUGAGAUGACAGAUACCGGUGUCCACUUCCUUGCCUGGGGCGCGACGCGAGAGCGUAUUUACAGUGGAUCUUCCGACGGCAUAGUCAAGAUCUGGAAUCCCUACAGGGCUGUCGAAAACACGCAUGUUGAUGACAUCACCGUACCGCGUUCGCAAAGAGCAGCAAUUAUGUCGGGAGCCUUCAGCCAUGAUGGUCGAUCGCUGUUGGUCGGUACCGAAAACGGUAACGUCAAUUUAUUUUCAAUCGGCCGAAAUGAGCCAACUGGCGCAGCUCAAAGGGUCGGCAAGUUCAAACUUCUAUCUGCAGAAGUCCCUUUGGACAGUCCCGAGGAACCUCAUUUCAAGGCCGCCAACGAUCUGCUGGAGACUGGACAGAUAGUCAUACGCCCAUGCGGCGCCAUGCCCUUUCGCCAAGCUGUCCAGGGACCUCAAUACAAUGGCCCAUAUCUUGAUCCUCCGCAAUCCCAAAUCAGCGCCGCGAUGGAGAAUUACAACAAAGCGUUGAUGCGCCAGGCAGCAAUGACCUCCUGGCAUUCGACACCUCUGGACUACAUUGGAUGCGAGAAUAGCCUUCCAGAGCAGAGUGACACGUCUGCAGUGGAAGAAAUUAAGAAAUCUCAGUGCGAAGUUUCGAGAGCCGAGAUCUCGAUGAAUGACAUUUGUAGCCGCGCCAGCUUCGCCCGUGCUGCUCGACCUAAAGCCGAGGCCUUCCAGCGUUCACUGCUUGAGAUGGAACCACGUAAGCCUGACGGUGAAGUGACCUAUCAUGAUACGGCGCAUCGCUGCAAGUUGGAUUGUAAUGUGCUCCGCACGACCGAAGACAUGGAUGGCGAAGUAGACGACUCCGCUCGCUGGCAAUUGCGUGACCCAAGCAUGCUACGACUACUGACACGCAUACCUUCCGUCGGGACUGGGCAAGACGGAGUUGAUCGAAAGCAGCAAGAUGCAAUGAAGAGGGCCGGCCUACUCACCACUUGCAGCGAAUGCCGCCGCCCUGCCAGAAUUGCCACAGACGGAUCGAAAGUGCUUUGCGAAAAUUGUAGCUUCGCUUGUUUCAGAUGUGGCAAACCGGCUGCGAUUUCUCCAGAUACGAUGAGGAUCACAUGUGCGUCGUGCGAACUCGUCUGGGAAGCUGGCGCACUUGGCUAUGAGUUGCUCAGCCCACCAAAGACUCGUAUCAAAGCCGUUAGCCCACACGUUGAGGAUGAUGAUGAGCUCGCAGAGCAGGAACUGGAACAUUACGCCUCAUUGUGGCAAACUUCGGAUAACAAAAACUAGCUUUGUAUAUAAUCGGCUAUGUGAUUACUUUUGGUGAUCCCGAAGAUUUGGAGAUCUGACUCGUGAUGCCCAUCUCUCCAUCGCCCGCUGAGCUUACGUCUUUCCCUUCAAUGGUGGGAUCAGCGUCCUGCCUGACGGGCGGACCUGUGAAAUUCUUCCGGCCCGAGAUGAAAUACCACGCAACGCUGAUCGUGGCGAAGCCCAUGAAUACGACAGAUGCAUAAUUCCUAGAAGACAUGUAUGGUUAGCUGCGGCCCAGAUCAGAGAAUUUCGAAGAGUUCUUCUUACAUUGUAGAUGCCGUCACUGGUAAGCUCACAGGCAUGCAGAAGAGCACAAUGGCAAGGCAGAUCCAAACCAAACAAAUAAUGUUGAUCACAUAGCCGUAUCGG